GGUUUCUUGUGAUCCGGGCUCGGCACAGAAUGGGCCGUUCGGGCAAACUGCGCUCUGGCUCUGCCAGCAAGCUCAAGCGUUGGCGCAAGGGACACAGCAGUGACAGCAAUCCGGAGGGACGACGCUAUCGCCUCGCUGCCCGUGGUCGUUUGCUCGCUCCCCGGUCGGAAAACAGUACAUUGACUGUGGAUGCUCUGAAACUGCACAAUGAACUACAGUCAUCAGGACCACUGCCCUCCCUACGGGAUGGAGGGGAGCCAGAGGCCUGUAUGGAAGAGUUUGACAACGCGGAAACUGCUAAGUCCCGUAAAUCUUCAGCCACUUUCCUGAGUGGCUUGAGUGAUUGCACCAACCUCACCUUUAGCAGAGUGCAGCGUUUCUGGGAAUCCAAUUCUGCUGCCCACAAGGAGAUAUGUGCUGUGUUGGCUGCUGUCACAGAGGUGAUCCGAGCACAGGGUGGUGCUGAGAGCGAGACAGAGUAUUAUGGUGCACUGAUGACUACUCUGGAAGCUGUGGAAUCACCAGAAUCCCUCGCUGCCGUUUCUUAUCUGCUGAAUUUGGUGCUGAAGCGGGUACCAAGCCCGGUGCUGAUCAAGAAGUUUUCUGAUACUUCCAGAGUGUUUAUGGGUAUUCUAGGCUCACAAGCAUGUGGAGACUCCACCUCAGCCCUGCGCUGGGUGGUUUCCUGCUUAGCCACUUUGUUGCGAAGACAGAAUCUGGUAGCCUGGAGCUACCCUGUGACAAUGCAAGUUUUCCAUGGCCUUCUCAGCUUUACUGUCCAUGCCAAGCCCAAGGUCCGCAAGGCUGCUCAGCAUGGUGUUUGCUCCAUCCUCAGAGGGAGUGAAUUCCUAUUUGGAGAUGAGGCUCCUUCACAUCACCCGGCCUCAUCUUCUGCUGCCAAGUUCUGUGUGCAAGAGAUCGAGAAAACUGGAGGUGCUAAAGAGGCCACCACCACCUUGCACAUGCUCAGUUUACUGCGUGACUUGCUGCCCUGCCUGCCAGCCCCAUCUGUCAAGUCCUGCUGUGAGACUUUGCUUCGGGUGAUGACCCUCAGCCACGUGCUAGUAACAGCAUGUGCUAUGAAAGCUUUUCACAGCCUCUUUGCUGCCCAGCCGGCCCCCUGCAACCUGCCAGCAGAGCUCAAUGCCCAGAUUAUCGUGGCACUCUAUGAUUACAUACCCAGUGAAAGUGACCUACAGCCUUUGUCAGCCUGGCUCGUUGUCAUGGAGCAGGCGCAUGUCAACUUGGCCAAGCUGCAGUGGGAUCUGUGCUGGGCUCACCUGUCCCGACUCUUCAGUGCAGUUGUGAAUUGUUUCCUUUCUCCUCACACCCAGGUGGUGUCUGCUGCUGCCCAGACCCUAAAGGUCUUGCUCAAUGAGUGUGUGGCCCCUCACGUUGCAGAACUGGGACUGGUUUCCUCAGCAGCCCCCUCGGGACCUGCUGCUCAUGUCUGCAAGAUGUUCAGAGCAGUGGAAGAGGGCCUGACUUACCGCUUCCAUGCGGCAUGGGCCUCUGUGUUGCAGGUGCUAAGGGCUUUCUUUGAAGCCUGUGGCCGGCAGUGUCAUCCCAUCAUGCAUAAGUGUCUGCGGUCCCUCGCUGACCUGCGUAGCUCCCCACACUUUGCCUACAAUGUGUUGCUGGACCAGGCUCUGGGGGCUGCAAUAGCCACUAUGGGCCCUGAGGUGGUGCUGCAGGCAGUGCCCCUAGACAUUGAUGGCACAGAGGAGAUGCUUGAUUUUCCUCGCAGUUGGCUCCUUCCUGUGCUCCGAGACAACAUCCGACAUGCACCUCUUGCCUUCUUCUCCAGUUAUUUCCUGCCACUGGCUGUUACUCUAAAAAACAGAGCCACAGAGCUUGCCCAAGCAGGGCGGGACUUAGAAGCCAAGAUCUAUGACACACUACAGUGGCAGAUCUGGACUCUGCUGCCUGGUUUUUGUAGCCAUCCCACAGAUGUGGUGCCUUCAUUCAAAGGACUGGCACGCACCCUGGGCAUGGCUAUUACUGACCAUUCUGAUCUGCGGCCGAUCGUGUGCCAAGCUCUGCGCAGGCUAAUCAACAAGGGCUGCCAAACAGAGGGUGAGCGCACUGAGGUUGGUCGCUUUUCAAAGAACUUCCUGCCCAUCCUGUUCAAUGCAUAUAGCCAAGAGGGUGCUGCCGGUGAGAGCCCUGUUCAUCGUCGCUCUGUGCUAGACACCAUCAGGGCUUACUUGACAGUCACUGAGCCACAGAUGGUGCAUGGUUUCCUGGACAAAGCAAGUGAGAAACUAACUAGCCCCGAGAGCUCAGAGUUCACUAGGCUUUCCAUGUUGGACCUUGUGGUAGCCAUGGCCCCCUACAUUGAUGAGCUGUCUCUGCAUGUGCUGUAUGGCACCAUCCAGUCCUCCUUGCAGAACAAGGACCACAGGAUACAGAAGAAAGCCUAUCGGGUGCUGGAGGAAAUCUGUGCCUCUGACCGGCCUGCAUGUCAGAAUUUUGUGCAAAGUCAUCUGGAGGAGCUGCAGACUGCCCUCCUGGGCUCCCUGCCUAGUGCCACUUCACCUGCCAAAAGGCCCCGGCUGAAGUGCCUCUUCCAUGUUGUCAAACAGCUCACAGCUCAGCAUGAGGACUUUGUUACUGCCCUGGUGCCAGAGGUAAUUCUCUGCACCAAGGAGGUGUCUGUGGGUGCCCGUAAGAAUGCUUACAAUCUACUUGUAGAGAUCGGUCAUGCCUUCCUGCGUUUUGGCCCCACUCCAAAGGAUGGAAUGCAGCGCUACCUCCUCUUGGUGUAUGCAGGCUUGACCGGCUCUGUCACCAUGAUCAGCUGUACUGUGCUUGCUCUUUCCCGUCUGCUCUUUGAGUUCAAAGAACACGUCGGGCCGGAUGCUUUGGAGCAGCUCAUGCAGCAUGUCUGUUUCAUGGUGGGCUCCCGGACACGGGAUGUUGUCAAGUCAGCCUUGGGCUUCCUCAAAGUGGCACUAUUGCUGCUGGACACUGCAGCAUUGGGUCGGCACAUGGAGACCAUGUUGGAAGCCAUUGGAGGGUUGUCGGAUGACAUGAGGCGCCACUUCCGGGUGAAGCUGCGAAACCUACUUUCCAAACUGAUCCGCAAAUUUGGCAUUGAGCCUUUGCAGGCUUUGCUCCCAGAGUCAUAUCGCAAGGUGCUGCUGAAUCUCCGCAAAGCUGAGGCAAGGAACCGCAAGCGGCAAGCAUUGAAACGGGCAGCAGCCACUUCUACAGAAGAUGAAGGAACAUCAGUGCGACACAAGGGAGGAGAGAGCAUAGAGGAGAUCCUUGCAGACUCAGACUCUGACAUGGAAGAUGACAUCAAGCAGCAUAAACGAGGAGAGACCAGGAAAGUACUGCGGCAACAAAGCCAAGCCUGGCUCAAGGAGGGAGAAAGCGAUGAACCUCUCAAUUUCUUGGACCCUAAUGUGGCACAGAGGGUUCUAGCUACCAAGCCAGGCCCUAGCCAGAUUGGUAAAGUCAGCCAUGACUUCAAGGUGUCUGCUGAUGGUCGCCUCAUUAUAUGUGAAGAGGAGGAGGAGGAGGAAGAAGGAACAAAAGGUGUGGAUGAGGAGAUGGCAGAUCUAAUGCAGGAAGUUGGGAUCCGGAGUAAGAAAGCUCAGAAGCGCCGAUUCCGGGAAGAUGCAGCAGAUGAUGAUGAUCCUAUGGCUGAGGCACAACCCCAGUAUAAAGCUGGAGGCAGUGGAAUUCAUCGGCCUGUUGGCAAGAAUGCAGCCCCUGGCAUAGAAUACAAGGCAAAGAAAGGCAAAGGUGACAUCAAGAAGAAGGGCCAGUUGGAUCCUUUUGCUUACAUCCCACUGAACAGAGCAAAACUUAACAGGAGGAAAAAGGUCAAGCUUCAGGGACAGUACAAGGGCCUGAUGAAGGGGGCCCAGCGUGGGGCCCAGGCAGGCAAGAAACAUCACAAGAAGCAGCGUCGUGUCUGAAGGAGAAAGGUUCCCCUCUGAAAACUCCUCAGUGACACCAUUCCUGUUGAAGCAAUUGACUGUCUGGGUUUGGUUGUGGCCAUCUCACUCACAACACGAGUUGCUUUGUGCAAGUGGAUCGUGAUGAUUAGCCCUGCACAUUGGCAGCGUGGACUACUUUUUUCAGUUGAAAAAAGAAGAGCAGAAGAUGUGUAUAUCAUCCCAUUAUAUAAGGAUCAUUGCAGUAAAACUCUUCUCUGUAGUGGCUUUCCUUGUUCCUUGUUUCAGCAAGUCAGGAACUGUGUGUGGGAGGGCAAGCAGUGUGACCUCUAAUGAAUGUUUGAGCAAUAAAUGCUAAUGACACCA